AUGAACCUAGACGCGACGCUUGACACGGCGGAGGAGAUACGGUUUCUCAGCAAGGUGAGCGGUCUGGUGAAGCGACUGAGCCGUACCACGCACUUUAGCAACCAAGAGCUCGAGGUGGUACUGCUGGUGUACUAUAAAAUAUUUAAGAAUGAUCCGGAUGCGGCAGGUGGGCAGAUUUCUCGCCAGCAGCUUACGACCGUGUUCGAUACGGCGUUCGGUAUCACGGAUACGGCCGUCAUAAGACGCAUCUAUGCGGCACUGGACGGUGGUAACAGCUCGCACGUGUCGAUGGAAACGUGGGCCCGCAUGGUGUCGCUGUACGUGCGCGGUACGCUCGAGGAAAAGAUCCAGUACUGCUACCGGGUGUAUGACAUCCAGCGUGAAGGGAUGAUCCGGCGGGACUUCCUGAUGGUGCUGUUGCGGGGAAGCGUGCGGCUGGAGGACGGUGUGGAUGAGGCGGUGAAGGAUUUGGUGGACAUUUUGAUGACGCGGCUCGAUCUGGACCGUGAUGGGGCGAUCUCGUUCGAGGACUAUCGGAAGAGCGUGCUUGGUACGCCUCUGCUGCUGGAGUGUCUCGGCCAAGCGCUGCCGGAUCGGAUCCAUAUGCAAGCAUUCGCAGCAACGUUUCUCGUGAUGUAA